GCGUCAAAAAUUGCCUAAAGCGAGAACCUUCGUCAAAUUCGUCUGCUGUUGUUAUUGCAAGAAAUUGAAAAUGGCCGCAAUGAUGUCUCUCUGCAGAAAUUUCGGGAAAGUUGGACUGUCGAAUCGGAUGACAAUUGGAAAUCCCUGUUUAGCUGCGCUUUCAAACAGGAACAAAACGUUUCUUGAAAACAGAAUUGUGCCUUCAUCCCAAAAUGGUGUGAAAAAAUUUACGGUGAACCAUAAGGCCCUUGCAGAAACAUCGUCUUGCAAGUCGGCAGAUGAUCACACAAGACUUUGGACAAUAGAAAGAAGUUUAGCACUUUCUCUAGUUCCUCUUGUUCCUUCAGCAUUCAUGUUUCCAUCUGCUGCAAUGGACUACUUACUUGCUAUUUCCUUCACACUACAUGCUCAUUGGGGUUUGGAGACCAUUGUUGUGGACUAUCUCAGACCAAAAGUGGUUGGUCCUGCAUUAGCAAAACUUGGUGUUGCCCUUGUGUAUGGAAUUUCUGCUUUCACCCUUGGUGGGCUGUUCUAUUUUAAUUAUUCAGAUGUUGGAAUUGUUAAUGCCAUUAAAAUGUUAUGGAAAUUAUAAAAGAACAUAAAUUUCAUGGAAAUCCAUGCAAGUUGUUUCAAAGAGAUUUGCAUAGUGGCGUGUUUUGUAUUAGAAUGUAACAAUAAAAGAAAUUGAACACAAAAAAAA